CGCCUGACUCCGGAUCCCUGAACACGUUCGGGCCUCAGACACUCUGUGACGAUUGAUUGUGAUCAAAAUGAAGAAGUUAAUAAGGUUCCUCUUCUGUCUCAUCACUGUGCUCCGAACAACUGGAGCUGAGGAGGUGAUCUAUGCUCAAGUGGGAGACACGGUUACCCUGAAUAUACGAACUCCGCCUGAAAACGGUUAUUACAUCCACUGGUAUUUUGCUGAAAAGUGGAAGGACAGGUUGAUCUUGACCAGCAAUUCACUGACCAUAAAAAACAUCCAAAAUGAACAUUUUGGACUUUUUUUUGUGUUAGUGAAUCCGAAAAACCCUAAGACCAGAUAUAGACUGAUCAAAGUCAGCGUUGAAAUGACUCCGCCCUCACCAGUGCUGCCCUCAGAUUCUGUGGUUUUGAAUUGUGCUGUGCAGACCCCUGWUGGUCUAACAAAACCCAACAUUUACUGGAUGAACCCACAAGAGAAAACUGAGAGGGGUGUUCAAGGAAAACUUCAGUUUAAGGCCGGAAGUCAACAUAGUGGACAGUGGACGUGUGUAAUAAAAGAAGAGAAAAAAAUUCCUCUUUCAGUUKCUGUUGCAGACUUCUCCCCAGCUCCACCGUCUCUGUAUACGUCCAAAAGCUCCCCACUCAAGGUGCAAUUUUUCAUUACCCCCAACAACAUGGUGCAAGAAAUAAUCCAGAAAAUCAAGGAAGUGGAGUGCUUCUUCACCCCCAMARCAUCCUCCCCUCAGAGGCUCUUCUCCUUCUGGCUGGGGAAUAAAGAAGGGAUGGCAAAUGUGGACCAAAACAGAGGCCUGAAAUACGCAAAUUUCACAAAGGGUGGAGACAUUACWUUGUCCAGACGUUUGGCGAGGGAAGACGAUGGAGGGAACUACACCUGCACCGUAACGUUUCAGAACAGUUAUACUCUGACAAGCAGUGUACAAGUGGAGGUGCUGCAAAUCAUCUCCUCUCCUGGACCAAAGCUAAUUUCUGGCAACCCGCUCAAUCUGUCUUGCACCAUUGGAGAUCAGCUGCCCCCUGAACUGAAGGUGAAGUGGUCCCACCCUAAAGGGUUGUCCCUGGAAGAAGCCAACCUCCUCGUCAUCCCCAAGGUGAACACAGACGAUUCUGGAACCUGGGAGUGUGAGCUGCUGCGGAACCAGACCCGCCUGACGUCAGCCAAGAUCGAGCUGAACAUCGAGCCCAUCCUGAGCGUGUGGAUGCUGGUGACCAUCUGCAGCGUCGGACUCAUCCUGGUCCUCCUGCUUGUAGUGGCAUUCAUCCUCUACCGCCGACGACAGAGAAAGAUGAGACAUCUCAGGCAUCGACUCUGCCAGUGCACACACCCGAAGCCCAAAGGAUUCUACAAGACCUAACAGGGAGACAUUCACAUAAGGACAUAAAAAAAUUGCUGGAUUUCUGUUCUAAAAAUAAUCACUUUUACUAAAAUCUCCUCCUCUACUUGUCUACAGUCAUUUCAGAAAAAAAGGAUGAGAAAUUGUGAAAAAUAUGUUGAUAUAAAAAGAUAAUGCAAUUAUUCAAGCUUGUUUAAUCAAAAUAUUAUACAAAUGACAUUUUUUAAAUUGUGUGCAUGUUUUCAACAGUAUUAGAUUUCAUUUAAACAAGGCUAAAACUGAAAUGUUUGAUUUGAUAAAGCAUAAAAAUGUUUUUAAAGGUUAA